AUGAAGGCAAUGAGGAUGGACAUGCAGAGCUUGGACUCACGGCGCCAGGUCAUGCACAACUGGAUAUCCUGGUCAGGCUUCGACUCGGCUGUGGGCGUCGUGAUCAUCGCGAACGCCGUCACCAUCGGUUUGGAAACCCAUUACGCCUCGCUGGAAUGCGCCGCCGGCACUUCCUGCGAGUCGAUUGGGAUUCCCACAUGGCUCUCCGUCGUGGAUAACGUGUUCUUUGCCAUCUACGUUGUUGAGUUCGGCUUGCGAUACUAUGUUUACGGAUGGACAGUCAUCAAGAGUAACUGGAUCAAGUUCGAUAUUUUCCUCAUCGUCAGCUCAACGAUUGAUCUCAUCUUGCGGCCCAUUCAGUUUGACAGUGAGUUGCUGGAUCAGAUGAUGGUGGUGCGCAUGCUACGCCUCGCACGGUUGGCGAGGGCGGUCCGCCUCAUGGUGCAGUUCCAGACGCUGUGGCAGCUGGUUCAGGGCCUGAUGCACAGCUUGACUACGUUGCUGUGGACUUUUCUGUUGAUCAUGAUCCUGAUGUAUGUGUUUGCUAUCCUCGGCAUGGAGGUCAUCACCAUCGACACCGGCAGUGACCCCGGGACGGCAGCCUACAACACGGUAGCGGCGGCCAACUUCCGAUCCUUCCAGGAUGCCAUCCUCACAUUGCUGCAGAUUUUCAGCUUGGACAGCAUCGGCUCCAUCUACCGGCCCUUAGUCAACCACCGGAUGUUUUUAUUCUUCUACUUCAUUGCAGCCAUCCUGGUCUUGGCCAUUGCGCUGCUAAACUUGGUGACUGCUGUGAUGGUAAACACGUCAUUGGAUCAGGCCUCCCAGGACAAGGAAGCGAAGAAGGCUUGGGAGGCAGCCAAGCGCAAGAAGGAGGUGGAGCAGCUGAAGCGGCUCUUUGGGGAGUUUGACGAGGAUGGCUCCGGGGAGCUUACUCUCGAGGAGCUGGAGUCCGCUCCAGAGGAACUGCUGGGAGACUUGAAAGAGCUCAGUGGUAUCGACGAUGUGGAAGAGCUCUUCAAUCUGUUGGACUAUGAUGGAGGUGGUGCCAUCGACACCAACGAGUUCUGCGAAGGAGUCCUGAAGGUCGCCGGUGAUUCACGAAACAGCGUGGAGAUGGGUCGGCUGAUGAAGCAGUGCAAUGAGAUUCUCUCCAACACCAAUGCGGUGAUGGAAUCUGUGAAGGCGCCAGAGGAGAGCGUGAAAGGUCGAGGACCUCGUGGCUCCCGCUUCACACUGGAUGAGAGGCAGGGACCCGGACUCACGGAGCGUGUCGUGAAGCUCGAGAGCGAGGUGUCGGACCUUCACGGCGACCUUUGGUGGGCGGUCAACAAGCUCCAGUGCCGAGCCAAUGCACGUGCCGGACAUCCGGGCUAG